CCACGGGCCCAGGAUCUAUGUUUGUGUCCCAUGUAUUAAUGUAUGUGUGUGUGAUUAAUGUGUACGUGUGCUUGUGUGUGCAUGUGUCUGUAUGUCACUAUUUGUGGUUAUGUGUGUGUGUGUGUGACUAUCUAUUUGUGUAGUGUGUGUGUAUUUGUUGGACUGUGUGUGCUUGUAUUCAUGUAUGGUGUGUGUGUGACUAUCUAUUUGUGUAGUGUGUGUGUGUGUAUUUGUUGGACUGUGUGUGUAUGCUUAUUCAUGUAUCUGUGUGUGUGUGCUUGUAUUCAUGUGUGUGUGUGUGUGUGUGUGUAUGUUGACAGAGAGACGUCAACAGGAAAAGCGUUCCUCCCCAGGCUCCGACACUCCUCUCAGAUAUAAGGGGAGAGCGGGAGGAGACGGCGACUCCCAUCUCUUUGCUCGCGCUGGGCGUCAUGACAACGGUUCUCAUCCAUCUCGUCAGAGAGAGAGAGCGAGCGAGAGAGGAGAGAGGGGAAACACGACAGAGAAUGAGCGAGGAAUAGAGAGAGCGCGCUAGCGAGGUGUCCCUACAGUGAGCGGGAGAGACAGACGAGGUGUCCGUGCAGCAGAGAAGGUCCCCCGGAGAGGAGAACCGCCGAGGCUCGGGGGAACGGUAGCGCGAGCUACAGCCGGAGCUAACGGGCGCGCGGAUCGAGCUAGGGCCAGCUGGAGUUGAAGCGCGAGGCUGUGAGUGUUGUGUUGUCUCGUCACGAGCCUCCCGCAGAGCCGCUAUGGGAGACAAGGGCACCAGAGUCUUUAAAAAAGCCAGCCCCAAUGGAAAGCUCAUCGUGUACCUGGGGAAGAGGGACUUUGUGGACCAUGUUGAGUGGGUGGAGCCUCUAGAUGGCGUUGUCCUGAUAGACCCGGAAUACCUGAAGGAGAGGAAAGUGUUUGUGACGCUGACGUGUGCGUUCCGCUACGGCCGUGAGGACCUGGAUGUGCUGGGGCUGACCUUCCGGAAGGAUCUGUUCCUGGCCAACAUCCAGGCCUUCCCUCCUCCGCCCAGCGAGAAGAACACCGUCACCCGACUCCAGGAACGCCUCAUCAAGAAGCUGGGAGAACACGCCCACCCCUUCACCUUCCAGAUUCCGCUGAACCUGCCGUGCUCCGUCACCCUGCAGCCUGGACCGGAGGACACUGGGAAGGCGUGUGGUGUGGACUUUGAGGUGAAGGCGUUCUGUGCUGAAAACGUUGAGGAGAAGAUCCAUAAGAGGAACUCGGUGCGUCUGGUCAUCAGGAAGGUGCAGUACGCUCCGGAGAAGGCCGGCCCCCAGCCCACCGCCGAGACCACCCGGCAGUUCCUCAUGUCGGACAAACCGCUGCACCUGGAGGCGUCCCUGGACAAGGAGAUCUACUACCACGGAGAACCCAUCAGCGUCAACGUUCACGUCACCAACAACACCACCAAGACGGUGAAGAAGAUGAAGAUCUCUGUGCGCCAGUAUGCAGACAUCUGCCUCUUCAACACAGCCCAGUAUAAAUGUCCUGUGGCCGUGGAAGAGUCUGACGACCUGGUGGCUCCCAGCGCCACCUUCUGCAAAGUGUUCACGCUGACGCCGUUCCUCGCCAACAACCGCGAGAAGAGGGGCCUGGCUCUGGACGGGAAGCUGAAGCACGAGGACACCAACCUGGCCUCCAGCACUCUGCUCAGGGAGGGGGCCAACAGGGAGGUGCUGGGGAUCAUCGUCUCCUACAAGGUGAAGGUGAAGCUGGUGGUGUCCCGGGGCGGGAUUCUCGGAGAUCUGGCCGCAAGCGAUGUGGCGGUUGAGCUGCCGUUCACGUUGAUGCACGCGAAACCCCUGGAAGACGCUCUCUUCAGGGAUGCCGCUGAUGAAGUGCCCAUCGACACCAACCUGAUACAGUUUGAUACAAACGAUGAUGACAUCAUCUUCGAAGACUUUGCCCGCCAGCGCCUGAUUGGAGCGAAGGACGAGGAGGAGGAGGAGGGGGAGGGGCCAGAGACGAAGGACAGAUAGAGAGCGGAGGUCUCCUCCAACGGAGGGGCGCCCAGUGUUCGUCUUCAUGUCCAAAAUUAGCCUUCUCUCCAUAGCACCACCCGGUGGGCGGCGGGAGUAAUGCAGUCUAGACUAGUGUUUGAGAGGUGUGAUGGCCUGCUAGCUUAGCCACCGCUAGCAGGCGCGCAACGACAUCACACACACAUAGAGAGACUUUCUUUAAGGGCACCGACCAGUAACACAACACUAUAUCUGCCGAGGAGUCACCAAGGCCGGGGCAUCAUGGGUAGUUAGUCCUGCACAGUGGGUGGUCUAGGCUCUCUAACCAAUCAGAUGGGAGUGUUUGGGAGCUCUGUUUUGAUCAGCUAGAUGAGAGAGUGCUCCAGUAGCAGGAUUUCAUGGAUGACCUUGUAUGCAUGUCACACGCCAACAUCAUGGUUGAGAACCCCCCACCCCCCCCCCCCCCCCCCAGCACAGGCCAGUGCUGUACUUCUGUUCUCCUCCUCCUCAUCCCCUCACCCGUUCACCCCCUCACCCCCUCGCCUGCUCACCCCCUCACCCCCUUGCCUGCUCACCCCUUCACCCCCUCGCCUAUUCAAACAUUGCGUGUUCAUCCACCUGUUCAACCCUUCACCUGGUUGCUUGUUCUAUUCACCUGCUCAUUAAUUAACCUGAUCACCUGUUCAGUUCACCUGGCCAUGCGUUCACCUGUUCAUCAGUUCAUGAGGUCAGGUGUUCACCAGUUCUCCAGUUCACCUGUUCACCAGUUCAUCAGUUCACCAGGUCAUGUGUUCACCAGUUCACCAGUUCAUCAGUUCACCUCGUCAUUCGUUCACCUGUUCAGGUAGAGCUGCCGGUUUGCGUCCACAGUAUUAUUGUUAUUAUUCUGAUUAUUAUUAUUACUAGAUGAACGUUUAUUAAUAUAUCAAAUAUUUCUUAAUUAUUUUAAUAAAAGUGGUGUUAUUGAGGAUAUUAUUAAACAGUAUAUUGCAUCUUUAAUAAAUCACAUUUGUGGAAUCCUUUAUUUGAUUAUUUUCCUUCUCAUUUCUUCACUUCUCAACAAAAAUAAACAGAUCUGCUCAUCACUAUCAAACGUUCACCCAGAAGGGUCCACAAUAUCCGAUUAGAGCAGGGGUUCAUAUUUUGUAACAUUGUAUUUGAAGACAUUUUAUUUCCACAGCUUUUUUAGAAGUGCAUUCAUAACUGAUUCUUUUGAAACAGCAAAUAAUUUCCAACUUCAUGCAGGCCUAAUUGAGGCUACUUUUAAAAUCACUGAACAUCAGUAGGCCUAUCACAAGUCAACAAAACAUACUUACAACCGAUGACACCCGACGGCUGAAAUCGGCGCUGUGUGUCUGUGCCUUAAGCGCACUUUUGAAGGAGAUG